GUCUCGUCGGAUCGGUUUCAUUCAAACAGUCGUCAUCGUGAGCUCAUUGAUUUCGGUCGUGUUUUCAGUCCGUUAACUGUUUGCUGUGUAAGAUUCCGACAGUUUUCUUUUGUUGGUGAAUAUGGUGAAGUAGUGUAGAAUCAAUGUCAUUGGUGUUACGCGAGUCAAAUAAUAACGUAAAAUAAAUCUAAAAAUUUUGCCUGCGACUCAGAUCAUAAACUACCUGGUCGGGACAAGAAUUGGGUGUUAAGGAAUUUACGUAAACCUGUUACGAGUAGAACUAACACAAGGGAAAGCAGCAGUGAAGUAGGAUAAGCAAGGAGGAUCUUCACACCAGCUGAACCGGAUUAGGUAAAGUUGCAGUUGAACCGGAAAAAUAACCAUCGAGCAAAAAUAUCCUGUCACAAAGUUAGGCCAACUGGACUCCGACGCAUCGCCGUUCCACGAUGGACGAACGGCGGUUGGCCGACUACUUCGUAGUGGCCGGCAUGCCGGAGAACCCAAAGCUACUGAAGGAAAAUAUCUUCAAUGACUCGUCCCACCUCCGCUCGGCGAACACAAUCGACCCCAUAACCGACAUCGGUGUGUUUUUUCCUUCGCUGGGCGAAAAAAUCCCGGCAGACUAUGAAAUUCUGGAGAACACUCCGACGGGGCUGCUGGCAGAUUUGAACUACGGUUCGGUGCGAACGGUAGCAUGUUUUAUAUAUUUUCGCCGGGGGAAGGAUAAGCCGCCGCUGGUCGACAUCGGCGUUAUGUACGAAGGAGCCGAACGGAUAAUGUCCGACGCAGAAGUGGUCCUCAAUACGCCGGGUGAUCGGCUGGCCAACGUGAACAAUUCGUCCGCAAAAACAUUUCUUACCUUUCGAAGGGCGAAAAAUGACAUGCCCUGCAACGAGCUGGUAGUGACGGAUCUUUGCGUGGUGAUUCCGUCAAAGGGAGAGAAGCCACCGCAUGCAUUCUGUAUGAUUCACAAAACGCUUAACAAGGGUAUCAUGGGCAGUGACGUGUACCUGUGCUACAAAAAGUCGAUGAACCGACCGAAGCUGAUCAGCUAUCAGCCGGAAAUUCUGCACCGAUAUCCGACGGUGGAUCAUAACGACUUUCCGUUGAACCUGUGUCCCAGCGUGCCGCUGUUUUGUUUGCCCAUGGGAACGACACUGGAGGCUUGGCCGCAUGUUCCCGGGGGCGAUGGAAAGCUUAAACGGAAACCCAUACAACCCAUAUUCAGCACGUUCGUGCUAACCGUCAACGAUGGAACCUACAAGGUGUACGGUUCAGCCUUAACAUUUUACGAAGACUUUGGCGAACGCCAACUCAAUGACCAGCAGCGGGAGUUACUCGAGUGGAGCCCGGAAUCGCACAAAACUCACUCACUCCACGUGAACAAAUCCAUUUGCCUUCUGUCUAGGUGGCCCUUUGGUGAUACGUUUGAAAAGUGGCUACAAUUUCUGCACCAAAUAUCCAAACUAAACGAACCGCUGCCAGUGCCGAUAGAACGCUACAUCACACAUCUGCUCGACGAAGUUCCUUUCCCGUCGCCCAGUAUCCUUCUCCAGCUGUCCAAUCUAAGCAACGAUCGAAUCCUGCUAACCCUGCCGGAGGAUUCCCCGCUGCCACGUAGCGGAGCCGGUUUUCGUCAGUUGCUCUCGAAUCUGGGAGCGGAAAACUGCCUUCACGUGUUGCUACUUGUCAUGACCGAACAGAAAAUCCUCAUUCACUCGCUUAGACCAGUUAUUCUGACGGCCGUCGCGGAAGCCGUAUCUUCGUUCCUGUUUCCCUUCAAGUGGCAGUGUCCCUACAUUCCACUCUGCCCGCUAGGGCUUGCCGAGGUACUGCACGCUCCGUUACCCUACUUGAUCGGGGUGGACUCGAGAUUUUUCGAUCUCUAUGAACCACCCAGCGAUGUAACUUGCGUGGAUCUUGACACGAACAAUAUCAGUCUGUGCGAGUCACAAAAGCAUCUGUCGACCAAACUGCUGCCCAAGCGGGCAGCUCGGAUACUGAAACAAACGCUGCGCAAUUUAGAUGAAUUAAAUCAAAACACGGACAAAGAUGCGUCUAAUAGCUUGGAUCGCGAUUUGAAGAAAAAGAAGCGAGAGCAAAAUCUCGAGCAGCGGAUACAGGAAGCAUUCCUGCAAUUCAUGGCGUCCAUAUUGAAGGGCUACCGAGAAUAUUUGGUGCCGAUUUCACAAGCCCCAACCAUCCGAGCGACCGAUCCGGAUGCGCUCUUCCAGAUGAACGCGUUCCUAAGAUCCAGAGACAAGGCGCACCACAAGUUUUUCCAGCUUUUGAUGAAAACUCAAAUGUUCAUUAAAUUCAUCGAAGAACGAUCGUUCUUCUCCGACGGGGACCACAAUCUUGCAUUCUUCGACGAGUGUGCAGAGAAAGUGAGUGCCUUCGAAGAUACUCCAACUGAGAUUAAGCUGAUCGACUGGGACUCCGGGCAGAGCAGUGAGCGAACCAAGGUUAUAUUACCACCCGAGUGCCAGCCAGGCCUUCCAGAACAGAACUAUCGCUACAGUUUCUUCCUGCUGAAUCCAAUCCUGCUGAAACAAUCGCGCCGUAGUUUGUUAGCGCACGCUCUACAGCAGCACAACAGUCUUGCUCCGGGCUCUCCGAUGGCAAGGCGAACAAAGAUUGAAAUUAAAACCGCCCAAAAGCUCGCUCGCAAAAAUCAAACUAAUCCCGAGCUUUGGGCUAAGCACCUGCUUGCGACCUGCUAUUCCAUCUACUUCAUCGUUCUGCCUAGUCUAAUUUCCGAGAAUGCAGGGCGGGAACAUGUCAUCCUUAAAACCGCAUACGACUUGCUGGGCAAGGCUUGCAAACUAAAGAUUCAGUGUGAUGAAGUUUGUUAUCGUAUAAUGAUGCAACUCUGCGGAAUGCACAACCUUCCAGUUUUGGCGGUUCGUUUACACUACUUGAUGAAACGUUCGGGAAUUCAACCGAACGCUCUAACCUACGGUUUCUACAAUCGAUGUGUGCUGGAAGCAAAGUGGCCUUCUGAUUCCAUCCUUUCCAGUCAGAUGAGAUGGAACCGUCUACGAAACAUCGUUAUGGGAGCGGCCCAUUUCAAGCGUGCCGGAAAGAAGUUUGCAUCCCGUCGGAGACUUUCGGCUUCCCACGAGAAUAACCUCAACACACUGGAAACAGUGGACGGAACUUCACGAACCAGUUUGGACUCCGGAAUAUCGCAAGCAGAGCAUCAGACCGGGUCGUUGAUGGAUUUUGCAGCUUUUGAUAAACUGCGUGGUCGUCUUGGGACGAUCGUACGACAAUCGGGAACACCCCAGGAAUCAUCGGAUGUAGUAACCAGUGCCGGACUGCUGAUCAGCGGCGAGGGAGCACAUCUGAAAAUCAGUCCCAAAGAGAAGCAAUCAUUCAAACCCCCCGCGGCAAGUCCUUGCGAUCUUAGUCCACGAAUGUUGGCAAGAGCCGAUAGUUUCGCCGGUGAUUCCAAAUUCAUUGACAAACUGCAGAAGCAAGCCCUUCAUUACACUAACGGGUGUACACCGAAAGGAGGUGUUGGUGACGCUGGCGUCAAUCGCGUGAAGCGAGCAUUGGAUUUUCAGGUCGAAAAUGAGAACAACUCCCAAGAGGACGUCGACGAUAAGUUAGCCUCUAAGGUCAGCCCGACUAAGGUUUCGCCGCGAACUUUGGUGACCCAAGAUGAUCCUCUCGGUGCUUUGAACGACGACGGAAACGAUGAAGUGCUUGAAAUCCGUCAAUCCACUGAGAAGUUGGCGUUGAAUAAUACCGGAGAACAUAACGGAAUCCAUCACAAUAAUACUAUCUACACGGACCAGCCGAUUCUGUUCAAGGGUCAGCGGUCGGCGACGUUCGACGAUUCGUUGCAGCUGAACAAAAGUAUGCACCGGUCGGAAACGAUGCCGGUUAGCAGUUCUGUCACGUCCAGCUUUGCCAGCAUUGGCUCUUCGUUGAAGUUCAACUUUGGCCGCUACUCACCUGCACGUUUAUCCAUGAAAAAAGAUUUCAAAUCGCUCUCGACGAAUGUGAUAGAAAGCAUUUCCAGCGUCAGUCCAAACCUGACGGGCAAGAAAUCCAACGAGAUCAUCCAGGGUGGUCUCAGUAGUAUUAAGAACGCGGCCACAUCGGUGGCUAAAAAACUAGACGAAAUUAAGGAGGCGAUUUCCGCCAACUCGACUCCGGUCAAGACGGGUUCCGGUACAAUAUGUACCAGCAAUGGGCUGGAACGGGAUGGCCAUGGAUCGGAGAGUGACCUACUGAACGAGGACGGCGGUAACAUCAAUGGAAAUCGUUCGCGGCGGGUAUCCAGUGAGUUCGAUCUCUGGGGUCGUUUCAGCGAGUCUCGCAAAUCUAGCUGUAACAAUCUUGUGCCUCUGGGAGAAAACACGACCUCGAGCAACAGCUUAAAUGCCUAUCCGACGCUACCGGAGAAUGUUUACCAGUCGGUAACGGAGGUAUCGGAACCAAACGAAUCCGACUACGUAAUACAGAUCAUGUCCUGCUCGCAGUGUCACAACUGUUUCGUGCUGCUGUACGAUGAAGAUGUUAUGGCUGGAUGGUCGGCAGAAGACUCCAAUUUGAACACCAGCUGCCACGCUUGCAAUAAAGUGACGGUUCCAUUCCUGAAUGUCAACAUUGUGUCCGAGGAGCAGCGAAGAAUGACUACAGCCCAGCAACAGCAGCAGCAGCUGGCGGAUGUGAUUAACGUGCCAUAUCUGAACCCGUUGGUACUUCGUAAAGAGUUAGAGAAUAUUCUAAGCCAGGAGGGGGAUUACGCAUUGGCCAAGGCUAGCUUUGUCGAAGAGCAUCCUAUCAUCUAUUGGAAUCUAGUGUGGUUCAUGGAACGAAUUGACGUUAGCACGCAUUUACCAAAUCUGUGCCUACCCAAGCAGGAGGGAGAUAAUGCGGAUCCACUUAGUAAUUUAAAAACCGUUUCCGUGCACUGUUUGUGGGACAACCCACGGUUGCAUUCCGAAGCUGGUCCAGCAAUGUACAUGCUCUGGAGGCAAAAUCAACCGUCCAGUCCGCUGCUCAAAGCGCUACUCACCGACCAAACGUCGAUCAAUCGAGCUGUGAUGCAACAGGUGAUCGCUUCGAUCCGCUGCAACGAUUUGUUGACGCCGGUUAAGCGGCUGGCCAACGAACGGCACAAACUUAAACAUCGCGGUGUCGACCGGACGCAUUCGAUCUACCGGGACAUCCUGUUUCUGGCCUUCAUCGCGAUCGGUCGGUCCAACAUUGAUCUGAUCUCGUUUCACCGUGAGUAUGCGGCCGUAUUUGACAAACUAACCGAAAAGGAAUGCAACACUUACUACCGGGCCCAGGAUCUACCCCCGUCGUCAGCGGCUAUCUUCUGCCGGGCCUACUUCAAGCCACUGAUGCUGCCUUGACCGUUGCCGAAGCGGUACGAGUUCUGUCCGGACUGGGAACCAUCGAAUUCCGCUGGCCGACAGAUCCGACCAUCACCUGCUGAACGGAAAAGGUGAGCAAUUAACUCUUUUUUGUCGUAUUAGGAGCAACUGCUGUAAGUUAUUUUGCUCAACCGGUAAGAGACGAGCAUAAAUCACUACUUCUUCAAAUUAAAGCUAAAUCUUUAGUUAGUUUGAAGAAGAAAGAAAACAUUUCUUUCAUGAAGUAUAGAUCGAAACUAUCUACUAGACAAAUACCUACGAGAAAGCCUGGAAAAUAUUCUCACUCAUACGCCAAUUCCACUUCAUUUGCUUAGGCAAUCAAAUAAUUACAGAAACAAAUGCAUUUGAUGCAUUAAUAAAUGUAUUUUGAAAUAAAGAUACAUACGAAUAAAUUUUCUUUGGUUUACAAUAAUGGCAAACCUUGGUUAAUUCUACUCUUUCAUCCCAUAAUAAAGUAGUAAAUGAAGUGGAAAUAUUCACAUGAGAUUAUAACCAUUCAAUCAAUGAUCGUGUCAUGCUUGCUCAAACUUGUCGAACAUGUUAUGAAGCUGGCUGGCAAUGCAAUCAAUUAAAACGGCAAAAUCAACGCUUUGCUGCGCCUGCUGCACCUACUAGGAACAGGGAAAAACAUUUCACUAACAAUUUGUGAUAAAACAGAAGAAAUAAACACAAAAUAAGUUAAACUGCAAAGCUACAGAAAAUAAAGAAAGCAAUCCUGAGUUAGGACGUGUUAGCAAGCUAAGUCAGUGUUUCCAUUUUCAUCUAUUUGCUCCCAAGCAGCUGAGGCUGAAAAAUGAACAACAAAAAUAUGAACUGUUGAGGAGAAGACGCAUACCUACUCUACUGCUUACUAAUUUUGUCUCAUGAAAACACGCGCACCUAUAAUAGGGACAUUCUACACCACGGAUAUGUUUGCUUUUAGUUGUUAGACUGUAUGAACUCAACGGCGUUCUGCUACAAGGUUUGAAGAGGAAUAUAUAAUGUUUUGCUGUAGCAAGGCGAACUCUGGCUACCAAGCAAGGAACUAGUUAAAUACUGUGUGAAAUAUAUAUAUGUACGGUUCUUCGAAA